AUGUCUUCUCAAAAGCCCUCUUACAUCCUCGUGACCGGCGCCACGGGAUUCAUUGGUGCCCAUGUCGUCGACAACCUCCUAGCCCGCGGGUUCUCAGUCCGAGGCUCAACAAGAUCAAAGCAAAAGGGAGACCAGAUGAAAGCUGCACGCCCGCAGUACGCUUCAAAGCUUGAUUUCGUCGUUGUGGAAGACUUCGCCCAGAUUGGGGUUUUCGAUUCUGUAAUGGAUGGCAUUGACGCAGUCAUCCACGUAGCUAGCCCCUUCUUCUACGACACCACCAACAACGAGCAGGAAUUAAUUUUACCCGCUAUCAACGGAGUCAAAUCAAUUCUUUCCGCCUCCACCAAGCCAGAAUCAAAAGUUCAACGUCUUGUUAUGACAUCCUCCUUCGCCUCGGUGAUCGACCCGAGCAGCACCCCGGAACCAGGAUUCACGUAUACCGCCGCAGACUGGAACCCGCUGACAUACGAAGAGGCAAUCGAUCCGAAAUCCGACUCGGUCACCGCAUACCGCGGCUCUAAAAAGUUCGCCGAGCUCGCAGCAUGGGAGUUUGUCAAGGAACAUAAUACCAAAUUCGACCUGGUGACUCUCUGUCCUCCUAUGGUCUUCGGUCCGGUCGUGCACCCCGUGCCGACGGUGGAGCAGCUCAACGAGUCAAAUAUGAUGCUCUGGAAUGUGGCGGCGGGUGCAGAUCCGCUUCCUAUAACGCGGGUCCCCGGUUGGAUUGAUGCUCGAGACCUUGCCGAGGUGCAUGUUCAAGCUUUGCUUACACCCGAAGCUGGUGGGAAGCGAUUUGUGGCUGCUUCGCCGGAGCCGUUCUCGUACGGAUAUGCUGCGGAUAUCAUUCGUGAUGAAUUUGAGUGGGCGAAGGAGACUGUGACUACGAAUUAUAAGAUGGGUGAGAAACCGAGUGGCUCUUAUGGGAUUGAUGGGGAGACUGUAGCUCGGGAGUUGGGGGUAAAAUACCGGCCCUUUAAGGAGACUGUAGUUGAUUUGGUUGGACAGAUUCGGGAACUCGCCGCAUAG